AUGCUCAAAGAGCUCGUCAAGAAGCGGGACGAAGGAAGCAUUCGGAAAGCACUGGAUGAAGCACCGAACGGUCUGUCGCAGAUGAUCCGACACGUUCUGAAGGACAUAUCUGAGAGUCUAGAAGACUCCCCUCAAUAUGCAGAGGACCUGAAUGAAAUGCUCACCUGGGCUACCUGUUCACGUCGCAGCUCAGAUUGGCCGAAAAUGGAAAGGCCGGCUCGAGUGAGAUCUGCGAAGGCAGUAUGCUUCGCUCCUUCUCCUCAACGGAAGGAUGGCUUGGCGACGACACAACUUCAACGGAGAGCAAUAUAUAUGGGAGAAGCAGAUACUCAUCACUGGAGACUGUACAACAUACGUGACGCUGAACGCAUGCCUCGCUGGGAGACCUUUUCAGAAGUGAAUAGAACUGUCAAAUCUGCGGAUGGCUGUCCACCGAUUGGAGUCAGCUUCCAUGAGGCGAAAGUAACGCUAAUCAAACGAUACCAUGAAUUUAUCUCUUACCCGGAAGACUCCCCAAGAAGCGAUAUUGCGGCUGUACUCCCGUUCAGAGCUAGCAGGUCGGUCAUCCCAGCCCUCAAGGACAUUGAUAUUCAUCAAUGCCGCGAAGAAGGCAAACAGACCAUUGGAAUCUAUCCUGCAAGGCUCUUUUUUGGCCAGUGGGCGAUGCCGAGAUUUGUCAUGUUUACCGGUGACGUGCCCCUCCUGGAGGACAUACGGGACCUGUUCAUGACCUGGCUCACCGGUUCCGAUAUGCAGGAGGCGUUACCACCGGUCGAGAAAGGGUGA